AUAAAGCUGCGGGGGUUGCGACCAGGAUAAAUGGUGGUUUCUGAGCCUGGCCGCAAACUUGGCUAUCUCAACUCAAAACUAAUGUUAAGGUUGGAUGGUCCCUUUAAGUGUCCUCGUUCGGCACUACGCUCGCCUACGAACUUGGCGACAUUCUUAAUAUAUUACUCCAACAACACAUUUGAUGUCAAGGCGAUCUUGUGAUCCUACUCUUCUUAGUUGAUCUUUCAGACGCUAGAUCUCAGCUCAGGGGGUCAGGUCAAGACUCAAGAGUCAGGAGAAGUACAAUCUGGUAUUGCACGUUUCAGUUCGCAAGUUUCAGGUUGGACUGAGAUGUCAUCCAAGGGUAUGCAGGUUGCAGUGGUGACAGGCUGCUCCAGGGGAAUAGGCCUGGCCAUGGUAUCUGAACUGGUCAAGAACAACUUCAAGGUGUUCGCCACAUGCCGUAACCCGGCGUCAGCCAGCCAGCUGAGUGGCCUUCUGACGUCACUGGAGCAGCCGGCCGCCGUGGCGCUCGAUGUGACCGACGAGGCGUCCAUUCAGGCUGCCUACGGGACUGUGAAAGAGGCGGCCGGCCGCGUGGACCUCCUCAUCAACAACGCUGGCAUCUCUGUCAAGACGCACCCGGUGGACCCGUGUGAGACGGCGCAGCUGACUGAACUGAACCGGCUGCUGGAAACGAACGUAGGCGGCCUGGUGCGGGUGACCCAGGUGUUUUUACCGCUGCUCCGGGCCAGCCCCAGGCCACGGGUCGUCAACAUUUCCUCACUGCUGGGCUCCAUCGGCGUGUGCAAGGAGCGCGGCGCCCUGGCUCCGGACCACUUCUUCUCCUACCGCAUCAGCAAGGCGGCCGGCAACAUGGCUACAGUGGCCAUGUCCACGGCGAUCACCGAGGUGGAAUUCCUGGCCAUUCACCCGGGCUGGGUGGCCACCGACAUGGGUAACUCGGGCGGUCGAACGGCCGAUAUCACGGUGGAGGAGAGCGCCGAGGGCGUGGUGCGCGAGGCACUGCGACCCCAGCGCCGAACCGGGGAGUUUGUCGACUGGCGCGGCAACCCAGUGCCCUGGUGAGGCGGCGGUGUGUCGGAACUCAGCGUUCGUAAGGAGCAACUCGGCAGUCUGUGUGUCAGGGGCGGUAAUCGCCUUAGUCGGAAGGCUUUCUGUGUAGUGUGGGUUGUUGGGUUAGUUGGCAAGGAUAGUGUUCGUUAUCCAGGGUGUGAUUCGGAGCGAUUCUGACCAUUCAUCUUUUUUCGAACGUUUGACAGCACACAUUGUAACGUUAAACCACUAACUGUGCAAUGAAUCGGUUGCAUAUGAGCAUGUAUUUUUAUGACCAUCUAUCUUUCUCACUCUAGUGCGAAGGUGGUGCAUAUAGCCAUUGUUUGCGUCUACAUAAUGCUCCCAGGGAGUAUUUUGUGGCAGCAUAUAUGAUAUCGUACGUAAGUUGGCGCCGCCCUGAAGUACGAUCCUGUAUGCCGGAUCACAUGGAGAAUGUUGCUGGACCGUGCCGUAAUGUGUUACAAUCGUGAAUGCUCGGCGUUUGGCAGAGACGUAUUUUACGGCUAACCGUACCAUUACGUAACUUCCUAUAUCCGUUUUCAAUAUGCGCAUGUGUGAUGUGUCUUUCUGGGAACAUUAGUCUGGUAGCCAUUGACUUAUCACUGGUGACUGCAAUCGCUCCUUAUUAUUGAUCAUGGCAUCUGUUAUUUUAUAUGUUUCAAUAUGACGCCUUAUGAUUCUCGAUAGGGCGCCUGAUGUAUCUCGAUGAGGUGCCUGGCAUUGCUUGAUACGGGCACUAUAGUAGACAAAAAAGCGAGGGUCUAUGUCACGAAAUAACGGCAGUGUUUGACGGCGCGAAUCGUGUGUUUAUCUGCGUUUGGGUUGAGAUUGUUGCUAGAAUAUGAAUUGGGACCAAAUGUAUGUAUGCUGUCUAUGCCAUGAAUAAUGUGUUAGGGCAUUAUGCAUUAUGUAAUAUGUAUCCAGGAAACCUUCAGAGUAAUGAAUAAACCAACGUCAAUGCGAAC